AUGCGAUAUUUUGUGAAUCGAAAUGCACCGAUGGUCAGGCUGAAACCGCCCUGCACGAAAUAUGCACACACUCGAAAUCCAGCCUGUGUGGGAGCACGGAACCCCAUCGCCAGUCACAAAUCUCAUUUUGAAGUGCUGGUGCUGCACCUCUGUGCUGUGCUGUGCUGCAAAUUGUGUUCCGCUGGCUUGCUCUCUGUUCGACUGUCGCUCCUCUUUGCCUUCCAACACCAAACCAACCUCUUGUCCCCUCCAUCAUCUCCUUGGAACAGAUCGCGACCAGGCGUACGCCAUCGUCGCGUCUCGCACCUCCUUCCGACACGACUACCUUGUUCGCUUCCAUUUCUCCUCCCCAUUCUUACCAUCAUGUCGGUCAAGAACUCCCACGACCCCUUCAGCACACCGCUCGAGACCAUCACACACGACCCUCUUGCAACAUCAGAGACUGCCGGCCUCAAGGCCGACUACGACAAGCGAGCCUACGGUGAAGCCAACCCCGCCCUCGUCGGCACGCUCGAGAAGGAUGACAUCGCAAAUCGCCCCAUCGAUGCCGUCGAAGAGGUACCCACCACCGCCAUCCGCAAGUGGUGGGUGCGUCUGACCUGGCUCACCACCUGGUGGAUCCCGUCCUUUGUCCUUUCAAAGUGCGGCGGCAUGAAGCGUCCCGACGUACAGAUGGCCUGGCGCGAAAAGUUCACCAUCUGCGCCAUCAUCUUUUGGUUGUGCGCCAUCAUUCUUUUCUACAUCAUCGCCUUCGGUCGCCUCCUCUGUCCCGACUACGACAAGGCCUGGAACAUGAGCCAGCUCAGUCAACACGCUGGCGACAACGACUACUACGCCGCUGUUCGUGGUACCGUCUACGAUUUUACCAAGUUCUACAAGGGCGACCACUCCGAUAUCACCAACUUGCAGACCAGCUCCGACCUCAUGCUCCAGCUCGCCGGUCAAGACCUCACCGAGUACUUCCCCGUCCCGCUCACCGUCGGAUGCCAGUCGCUCGUCUCGGACACCUCGCUCGCCCUCCAGCCCACCGCCAACAACACGCCCGCCAUCUCGCAGGCCAUCCACACCUCGGGUCCGCUCCAGAGCGAUGCUGCUUCCAAGCUGCACGACAUCAACUGGUACCCUGACCGCUUCCUUCCCUUUGUCAACAAGCUCCGAAAGGGCUACUACGUCUACUCGAAAAAGGACAUCGCCGUUCAAGGCCAGUGGAGGCAGUGGGCCAUCGUCAACAGCAAGGUGUACGACAUCUCCGACUACCUCAACACCGUCUCCAUCUACCAGACCAACCCGGCCUACUCCUUCCUCGACUCGUCCAUCGUCUCGCUGUUCAAGGCUCAAGCAGGCAGCGACAUUACAGGCGAUUUUGAAGAUGCCAUGAGCAGCUUCAACCAGACCUACCGUGGUGCUAUGCAGGCCUGUCUCGAUAACGUCUUUUACGUCGGCAAGACCGACUUCCGCAACACGGCCCGAUGCGAGGUGCAAAACUACCUCCUGCUCGCCUUCUCGGUGCUCCUCGUCACCACCGUCUUGGCCAAAUUCAUCGCAGCGCUCCAGCUCGGCACCAAGCGUACCCCAGAGCAGCAGGACAAGUUUGUCAUCUGUCAGGUCCCCUGUUACACCGAAAGCGAGGACGAGCUGCGCAAGACCAUCGACUCGAUCGCCGGCCUUGAGUACGACGACAAGCGAAAGCUCCUCUUCCUCAUCUGCGACGGUAUGAUCGUCGGCAGCGGAAACGACCGUUCGACACCACGCAUCGUGCUCGACAUUCUCGGCGUCGAUCCCAAGAUCGAUCCAGAGCCGCUCAUGUUCAAGUCGGUCGCGGAGGGUUCCAAGCAGCUCAAUUACGCCAAAGUGUACUCCGGUCUUUACGAGUUUGAGGGCCACGUCGUUCCUUACAUCGUCAUCGUCAAAGUCGGUCGUCCCAGCGAACGCUCGCGUCCAGGCAACCGUGGUAAGCGUGACUCGCAGGUGCUGCUCAUGCGCUACCUCAACCGUGUCCACUUUGACGCACCCAUGUUCCCGCUCGAGCUCGAGAUCUACCACCAGAUGAAGAACGUCAUCGGAAUCGAUCCUGCCUUCUACGAGUACAUCCUCAUGGUCGAUGCCGACACGCGCGUCGAGGCCGACGGUCUCAACAGGCUGGUGGCCAACUGCGCCGACGACUCGAGCAUCAUCGCCAUCUGUGGAGAGACCACGCUCGACAACGCCGAAGGCUCGUGGUGGACCAUGAUCCAGGUGUACGAGUACUAUAUUUCGCACCACCUCGCCAAGGCGUUCGAGUCGCUCUUUGGCAGUGUCACCUGUCUGCCCGGUUGUUUCUCGCUCUACCGCAUCCGCAGCUCGGACAAGGGUCGUCCGCUGUUCAUCUCGAACCGCAUCAUCGACGAAUACUCGGAGAACCGCGUCGACACGCUGCACAAGAAGAACCUGCUGCACCUCGGUGAGGACCGAUACUUGACCACGCUCGUGCUCAAGAAUUUCCCCUCGUUCCGAACCAAGUUUGUCGCCGACGCCAAGGCGCUCACGAGCGCGCCCGACCGCUUCGGCGUUCUGCUUUCGCAGCGUCGACGAUGGAUCAACUCGACCGUGCACAACCUCGCCGAGCUGGUUCUCAUGCCCGAGCUGUGUGGAUUCUGCCUGUUCUCGAUGCGCUUCAUCGUCUUCAUUGAUCUGCUGGGAACCGUGAUCCUGCCUGCUACCGCCGUCUACCUGGUCUACCUCAUCGUCACCGUCGCGACCAAAUCAGCCGCCAUCCCUUACAUCUCGAUCGCCAUGAUCGCCGCCGUGUACGGCCUGCAGGCGAUCCUGUUCCUGCUGAAGCGACAGUGGCAGUACAUUGGUUGGUUGAUCAUCUACAUCUUGGCGUACCCGGUGUUCUCGUUCUUCCUGCCCAUCUACUCGUUCUGGCACAUGGACGACUUUUCGUGGGGCAACACGCGUAUCGUGGUGGGCGAAAAGGGCAACAAGAAGAUCGUCGCCGGUACGGACGACGAGCCGUACGACGACACGAUGAUCCCCGUCAAGCGAUUCAGCGAGUACCAGCGCGAGGUGUGGGAGGAGGAGGCAGCGGCGCCGUCGAUGCGAUCGGGCAUGACGGGAGCCAGUGGACCGUUUGGCAACUCGCAGGCCAUCCUGCACAGCGGACCGCCGAGCCUGUACAAGGCUGGCAGCGCGUAUGCUGGCAGCAUGGCUGGCUCCGAUUACGGAGGUGGGCUGGGCGACUACUACCAGAACACCAACGUGCUGCAGAAGCCGGCGCACUCGCGACAGACGUCGGCGGCUGCUCUGUCGCAGAUGGGAGGAGUCUCGCAGGCGCCGUCGAUGAUCUUUGGAGGCGCUGCUGGCGGCGGCGGCACGCCUUCGAUGUACGGCAUGCCCGGUAUGGGAUCGAUGUACGGCAUGCCAGCGUCGUCGGCAUCCAUGUACGGCAUGCCGGCAUCGUCGGCUUCCAUGUACGGCAUGCCCAACCCGAUGAUGAACCCGACAGCGUCGAUGUACGGCAUGCCACCGAUGCUAGCCAACACGCUGGGAUCGCCUGCCAAUUCGGACAUUGGUCUGACGAUGCCGCUCACGCAGCAGAACACGGGCGGAAGCCACAUUUGGGCGCAGCAGGAAGCGGAAGCAGCAGCAGCAGCAGCAGCAGCGAACAACGCCAGCCCGCGUACAAGCGGUAUGAUGGCGAGACCGUUCUCGACGCAGUCUGCGCUCAACGCGUCGAAUCCGUUCGCUGCCGCGCCGGUGGCACGAUCCCUGCCGAUCAACGAUGCAUCCGAUCCGACGGACGAGGAGAUCAAGUCGGCGGUGCAGACCUACCUUGCGAACCAGCCGAGCUUGAUGAACGUGACCAAGCGAUCGGUGCGCGAGGCGCUGGUGGGAGCGUUCCCGAACGCGGAGCUGUCGUCCAAGAAGCAGAUGAUCAACAAGGCGAUCGACGACACGCUCUCGGGUGGUGCACAGGCUUGA